UGCACAUCAGGCUUACUAUAGUUUCAGUACUCUUUUUAGAUUUAAGUGUAUGCAUCUGUCCUAGAAAUUUGUAUGAGUUUUAAACUUGAUCAUAGAUCCUUUAUUUAUACACCAUAUUAUUGUGAGGAAAAUAUAUGGCAAUUAUGCAAAGGAAUUUUUACAUCUACACUAUGUAAUAAAGAUAAUGACAUCUCAUACUAUGUUGUAUUUAUUACAAAUAACUUAAAACAGGUUCCAAUAUGGACUAUGACAUGUGCCAAAAAUAAUGAUAUUGUGAUCUGGGAUUAUCAUGUGAUACUAGUAAACCUAGUCUUAUAUUAUCAAAGUGAUAAUUCAAGCAAAGUAUACGAUUUUGAUACAACCUUAGAGUUUGGGUGUAAUUUGGAGGAAUAUUUUCAGAAAGCCUUGAAAAAUGAAAACAAUUUCCCUGAUAAAUACAAACGAAAAUAUCGGAUCAUUCCCGGCAAAGUUUAUUUGGACCACUUUGCUUCGGAUAGAAGCCACAUGAAAGAUGGUUUAGGUAACUUCUUAAAACCGCCACCGAGUUAUUCCCCCAUAUUCACAACAACGUCCGCCAACAAUCUUUUCCGCUACCUGGACGUUUCUCCUUCGUCAAAUAAUAGCGAACGUUCCUUACCUGAGAACGAUUUCGAGAGCCUCCGUGAUUCGUCGAUCGAAGCGCCGAUUUACGGGAAAGUUCUGGAUCAUCAAGAAUUUCUUCGAUUUUGCCACGUGACGGAAUGAAAAUGAAUAUUACGGAGAAAUUUUGCCGGAUAUUUAAAAAAAAUAUAUAUAUAUUACCCUCUUUUCUAAACCUACAUUUUUAACUUUAAGUAUUGAAGUGUUUAUCAAUGAAUGUUGACAACGCUAGAUGCGAAGUUAGAUUAAAUGAGUACAGCAUAUGAUUUGUGUCAAUCAAUGUCUUGAUUUAAAUAUUAUUAUUACCAUAUGAAAGAUUUAUUAUGUUUAUAUUCAAGAAAACCGACAGUCCCUAAAAAAAGAGAAAUAAUAUGUUAUAAUC